AUGGCCUGGAGCCUGGGUGCCUUGCUUUUACAUCUCGCGCUGUUGACAAUAUGCCCAUGUUUGGCAGACCAACAUGGCACGACUCGUGUAGCUUUAUACAUGGAUGCCACAAGUGACGUCCUUGACUUCAAUUGGAAUGAAGGCCCAAACAACCUGCUAGAACAGCUUGAGCAGCUUGGCUUCCAUGUUCAGGCUUCGCAUGCUCAUCAGCCAAACCUUCUUGGCACUGACAAGCCAUCAGCAUACGUUGUGCCUGUACAAAACGGACACCUGUUUUACAGCUCAGUUGAGGAUAUGGGCGCUGUGGCUGCUUAUGUCCAAUCGGGCGGCUUGGUUAUCAUCUUGGACGCAAACCACGGCGAAGGCGAAGCCCUCCGCAAUUUCGUCGGCUCUUCUCUGGGCUAUGAGGAGGAUGCACGCGCAAUCACAUAUACAACUUGGUGCCGUCACGAGGAUGAAUUUGCAGUGACCUUGCCGCUUUAUACGUCUCAACUUGACUCCACAAGGGUCGCAGUUCAGGCUUUCAGCAAGGUUAAUAACCCUGGAGCUGUCGUCUGGUUAGGAUAUGACUGGACGGAUGGCCCACAAGACCAGUGGGGCGCUCUUCUAAAGAAGCUCGUCACAGAUUUCGCGCAAGGAGUCUACUACGCGCCUUUGUUCGGAAACGCCGACGCACAUCCCUUGUUUGCUGUGGACACCGUCUUGGAGACCGCAUCGGAUGUCGUUGCGGAUGCAGCUGAGAUUGUGCGGCGCUUCCUGGCGGUUCCCGGAAUGUAUCCCUCCACGCCGGCAAACCCCCCUCCCUCUUCGCCCCCCGAGCUUACGGGCUUUCCCCCACUGCCACUUGGCAAGGCCAUGGAAGUUGCAAAGUAUACGGCAGUGUACCAAGAACCAGCUGGGGAGGAGUUUGACUUCAUGGGGCUCAUCAAUCGCCUGAAAAUCUCGGUGGCUGCUGCAAACGACGUGCCGACUGGCAACGUGAUUGUCAACUUUAUCAUUUUCCCCAACGGAACCGGCUUGCGUGGACAUUGGCGUCGUCGCGCAAUUGAGACUUCCGAGCGCAUUUUCACCGAUGCAGAGAUUGCUGAGAUGUAUGCGAAGACGGAUAUGCGGCCCCUUGAGCUUUACCUUGUCAGCAAGGCCCCCAUCACGGAUGAGAUGAUGCUUCAGUCGCCGCCUGCACCGCCAUCCCAGGUGUCUUUAUCGCCGCCUCUGCCUUCACCAUCGUUGCCGUCACCGCUGCUUCCAUCACCCAAGCCGCCGUCACCCAAGCCAUCAUCACCCAAGCCGCCAGCGCCGUCACCGCUGCCAAAGCCGAGGUCGCCUAAGGCGCCACGGAAGCCACGGACACCAAAGCCCCCAUCCCCAGCGGCUCCUCCUCCCUCGCUUUUUAUCAAGGUCACGAACGUCUCUGCUCACGGCGCGCGUGGCAGUAGCAGGUCUCUUGUUUGGAAUGAUGACGGGGACUUCAAGUCACAGCUGACAAAGCAAUCUCCUCUCCAACUGGUCUACCCGGCAAAGCCGUCAUGUCCGACAACCUGCACGGCCUGUCAGUACGCGUGGAAAGCGACCGCGGACCAGCUCAGUGUUGCGGUAUUUUUCAAGGAGCCCAUGCAGAUUUCGCGCAUAUACCUCAAGCAGAUUAGGAAUUCCGGAGUUAUUACCGUCCAAUUCAUUAAAUGGGUGUACCCUCCGCGGGGCGUGGUUGAGGGCAACCUUGGCCGCACCGUCUGGAAUGUUACUGACGACACGAGCAUGUGCCAGUCGGUGUUGGCGAUCAACGUUGGGCCCGCAAAGAGCGGCAUGAACCUGGCUGUGCCAGCGGGCGGCAGCCCGGCAAACUUGCCUACCAAGCUGCGGGCCACUGCCACUGGCGGCGUUUUGGUGACCAUGGAGCGGCCUCGCAAUGCGGGGCUAAACUACGGUCCCUUCCUUGAGUGGAUUCGCUUCAGUGGCCGUGCCUUGUACCCUUCAGGAUUGGUUCCGUACAACUAG